AUGGCUUCCGGACUUAGAAAUGUUGUGGUGGUUGGUGGAUCAUACGUCGGAAUUAACGCAGCCAAGGAACUCGCCAACCUAUUGCCUGCAACGCAUCGUCCACGAUUUGCCAUCCUCCCCGAUUAUGAGCACAAGGCAUUCAUCCCGUACUCGGGCGUCUUCAGUGCAUCGCCAAACAAAGACCUACACGCAAUAGUGCAAGCAAAGGUCGUGUCCCUCAAGCCCAAGGAGCUUACCCUGGACCGAGAAUGGCAGGGCUCGAAGCAGCUGCCGUUCGAGUACCUCGUCGCCGCGACAGGCACGCGUCUGGCCUCUCCCGGCUCAAUGCCGUCGGAUGAGAAGGGACCCGCUGUCGAGUACUUGAAGAAGUACAAUCAAGGCAUCAAAAACUCCAAGUCCGUGAUCCUCAUCGGUGGUGGCGCCGUCGGCGUGCAAAUGGCGUGCGACCUCAAAGAAAUCUACCCGGACAAGGAGGUUACGCUGGUUCACUCGCGGGACCAUAUCAUGCCUGUGUACCACGAGAAGCUGAGCGACAUGAUCAAAGACAGGUUGAAGGAGCUAGGUGUGCAGUUUGUCGGCGGCUCACGAGUCAAUAUUCCGGCUGGAGGUUAUCCCCUCGGCGGAACCGGCGAGCCCAUUACCGUGAGCCUCCAGGACGGACGAAAUCUCACGGCGGACUUUGUUGUCCAAGCGACCGGGCAGAUCCCCAAUACACAAUUCCUUCAAGACUUGCCGCCGUCCUCAAAUGAUUCACUCAUCAACCCGAAGAAUGGAUUUAUCCGGGUCAAACCGACGCUGCAGUUCCAAGACCAGGCUUAUCCUCAUCUCUACGCACUCGGAGACGUGGCAGAUUCCGGAGCGCAUAAAGCUGCCCGUCCGGGUGCUGCCCAAGCGGUUGCGGUGGCGAAGAAUAUCCAGGCUAUGGUCGAGGGCAAACAGCCCAGCGAAGAGAUCGUAGUUGGGCCACCUGGGAUCCAUUUGACUUUGGGAUUGACAAAGAACACCAUUUUCAGGAACCCUGACACCAAGGCAGGAGACACUGAGCCGUUCAUCAACCUCAAAGAUGAUGGUAGUGCCGAUAUGAACAUUGAUGGUGUUUGGGUGAGACGAGGAGUCAAAGUUACGGAUCCGAGGGAUUAUCAUUUGUGA